AUGAUAGUACCAGAUGAUUCAUUUAUUAGCGAUGACGAAGAAGAAUAUUGUCCAUUAUGUGUUGAAGAGAUGGAUAUCUCAGACAAAAACUUCAAGCCAUGUCCUUGUGGAUAUCAAAUAUGUCAGUUCUGUUAUAACAAUAUCAGACUGAAUCCCGAAUUAAAUGGAAGAUGUCCUGGAUGUAGAAGAUUGUAUGAUGAUGAAAGUGUUGAAUAUAAGACGAUUAGUCCAGAAGAAUACAAGAUCCAACAAGCUAAAAAAGAAAAGAGGGAACGUGAGAAGAAACAACGUGAAAAGGAAAAGAAGGAACUGGAUAUGGCUAAUAAGAAACAUUUGGCAGGUUUGAGAGUAGUUCAAAAAAAUUUGGUUUAUGUUACUGGAUUGAAUCCACCUUGUAACCCAGAUGAAUUGCAUUCUGUAUUAAGAUCAGACAAGUACUUUGGUCAAUAUGGUAAAAUUAACAAAAUUGUCAUUAACAAAAAGAACCCAAAUCCUCUGAAUUCAGGCAGUCAUCAUCACCAAAACCCUGGUUUGGUUGUUUAUGUCACUUUUGCUAGAAAGGAAGAUGCAUUAAAUUGUAUAACCGAACUUGAUGGAUCAUUGUGUGACGGAAGAGUAUUGAGAGCAGCACAUGGUACUACCAAGUAUUGUUCUUCUUAUUUACGUGGCCAUCCAUGUCCAAAUCCAAAUUGUAUGUUUUUACAUGAACCAGGGGAAGAAGCAGACUCAUUUACUAGAAAGGAUUUGUCUACUCAACAAGGUAUCAAGAUGGGUAUGACAUCUAGAGCACAUACCACCUCAUUUGGAGAAGAUACGUAUAUUCCUAAUCAUCAACUUAGUCAAAUGACUGAUGAGGAUUUACAGCAAUAUCAACAACAGCAUGGACAUCACAAUAUUCACCACCCAUCCUCACACCAACAUCUUCAUAAUGAUUUGAGUAAGGAACAUUUACCAGCCACUGCACAUUGGGCAAAUGUUAAUGGACAAGUUUCUGGAAAUAACUCACCUGGUGUAAAUAAUAAUGUCCCCUUAGCCAACUCCGCCGCGUUUCCGACAUUGGGUGAAAUUGCUCGUGAAAAGCAACAACAGCAACAACAGCAACAACGUAAAGAACCUAAGUCAAGAGUCUCAAGUACUAAGUUAUCCAAAAUUACCAGUGCUGUUUCGGCUGAUGAUGUUGAUUUGAAUGACAAUUCCGUCAUUCCAUUUAUUGAGCUGAUUGUAGCAGAAAUCAAAUCAUUAGACGAAAUCAAGAAUGUCAAAUUUAAGUCAUUAAGUGAUGACAAACCAUUACCUUUAUUUGAAUUUGGUGGAGGUUUUACUGAUUCGACAAAACCAGAUGAUGAAAAAUUGUUGGCACGUCAAGUUAUUGAAAAGUAUUUAUUGAGACCAGUUAAGAAUUAUCAUUUGGCAUAUCCAAAUCAUCCAAUUAUGCAACAACAAGCAUUAGUACAACGUCAACAACAGCAGCAACAGCAGCAGCAGCAACAACAACAACAACAAGGUACUCCAGUUGCUCCAAAUUCUCAAUUACAAGACAAAACAGAUGAACAACACUUGUUAUUACGCCAAUUACAGCAGCAACAACAAUUACAACAAUUACAACAACAGCAGCAGCAGCAGCAAUUGAAUCAAUUAAACAUGAUCAAAACUGGUGAUCGUGUCAAUACAUCUACCCCACCACCACCUGGAUUAUUCGCUGGUAGAACCCCAACUACACAAAAUGACGUCCCAUUGACUGGUGCUGCAGCUGCUACUCCACAACGUACUUCAUCACAAUUGUUAACCCAAUUAAUGAGUAAGAAAUGA